CAUUCGCACGCCUUCUCUCUGUCUGAUAUCUGGAUUAAAAAAGGAUCAUUUGAGGAACACGGGCCCUUCAUGUUGAUCAUUAGGCGGGAAGACGGGGGAAGACUUUGUGUGACAUCGACGAAGAAAGACGCGAGGAAGAGUUUCUACUUGUAUCGAUAACAAUUCGCAAUCAUGUAUAAGCUGACGGAAGGAGCAUUGGAUAAAAUUAUGAAUGGCAUAGAUAUAGAGAAACCGGUGAUUCAGAUAUUGGGUCAUAAAAAGCUGACCAAUUCUAAUUCUGACCGGUACAGAUUGCUUGUAUCCGAUGGGCUAAGAACAAACUCCUUUACUAUGUUGGCCACGCAAUUAAAUCAUUUGAUCUCAGACAAUACCUUGUCUGAAUAUACAGUCUGCGAAAUAUCAAAAUAUGCUCUGAGUUCAGUAAACAACAGUGGCAAGGAAAAACGUGUAAUAAUAAUCCUGGAUGUCGAAGUGAUAGCUUCUGGUGAAAUGGUUGGACGUAAGAUAGGAAACCCAGUUAAUACGAGCAGAUCAGAGCCUGAAACCUCUAAACCGAAUAUAUCUGCAGCUGCACAUCAACAGAAUGGCAGCGCUACUAAAAAAAAUAAUUCAAGUAAUCAGUCCUCUUCUGACAUAUCUACCACUCCAAUUGCAGCAUUAAGUCCUUAUCAAAACAAGUGGGUGAUCAAGGUACGUGUGUUGACUAAAUCUCAGAUCAGAACAUGGAGUAACUCUCGUGGCGAUGGUAAACUGUUCAAUAUGGAACUGGUCGACGAGAGCGGUGAAAUUAGGUGCACCGCUUUCAAUAAUGCUUGCGACAAGUUCUAUGACAUGAUAGAGGCCGGGAACGUUUACUAUAUCUCACGUUGCCAGCUGAAGCCGGCAAACAAGCAGUUUAAUACGAUGAAAAAUGACUUUGAGAUGAGUAUGACCAACGACACAGAGGUUGUGCCAUGUCACGAUAACAGCGAGGAUAUACCGACGCUGCAGUUCAAUUUUUCCCCUAUAAGUCAGUUGGAAAACAUGAAGAAGGACGAUAUGAUCGAUGUCCUGGGUGUUGUUACAACGUUCGGCGAGUUGCAAAAUAUUGUAUCGCAAAAGACCGGUAAAGAGCAUGUAAAAAGGGACAUUAAUAUCGUCGACGACAGUAGUGUGACGGUGUGCGUCACACUAUGGGGGAAACAAGCGGAGGAUUUUGAUGCGUCAAAUAAUCCGAUCGUGGCUAUUAAGUCAGCUCGCGUCGGCGAAUUCAAUGGCGGCAAGAAUUUGUCCAUCGGUGGAAUGGCUAUAAUUGAAAAGGAUCCAGAUCUCCCGGAAGCGCAUAGGUUACGCGGAUGGUAUAGCGCAGGCGGCCACUUGGAAAACGUCAAGUCGCUGUCUAAAGCGGGCGGUGCCGGUGGCGGUGACAUGAACGCGCCGUUGUACACCUUCCAAGAGGCGACCGACGCAAAACUGGGCGAGAAAAUGGACGCGGCGGAUGUAUUCUCGGUGACAGCUACCAUAAACAUAAUUCGUGUGGAGAAUUCAAUCUACAAGGCGUGUCCGCUAGAAAGUUGCAAGAAGAAACUCGUCGAUCAAUCCACAGGAGUAUUCAGAUGCGAGAAGUGUAACAAGGAUUACCCAAACUUUUUGUAUCGCCUGCUGGCGAGUAUGAACAUUGCGGAUGCUACGGGCAGUCGUUGGAUUACCGCUUUCAAUGAAGAAGCUGAGAAGAUCUUGGGUAUGUCAGCGCAGGAAUUAGGCGAAUUGAAGGAGAAUGAUAACGAUGCUUACAUGCAAAAGUUUGGCGAUGCGAGCUUCAAGAGGUUCACGUUCGGUGUGAGAGUGAAAUCGGAAGUUUUCCAGGAUGAAAUGAGAAUGAGGCACACCUGUACUUCAGUCUCUCCGCUGAAUUACAGAAUCUACUUGGCACAUCUGCUGGACAAAGCCUCCAAGUUGGCGCACAUCGAAAAAUUGGAAAGCUAAAAAAUUUGAUUUAUCGUACAAAAAGAGGGAAUAAUGAGUUCUUUAUUUUAAAUUAUGCGAUCGGUAUACACUGUUUGAGACACUUUAUACGCGAUUAUUUCUAUUUGUUCCGGAGGUGUGGUUCCAAUUCUUUAUUUUCCUCCCUCUCGUUAAUUAAAUUAAACAGAUAAUUUCAUUCAAGAUGUUAUUUUCAACCUAAAAGAAUGAUGUAUUAGCUUGAGAUUUAAGUUACAUCGCAUUUAUAUAAGCUGUCGAUGCCAUUAUUUAAAAGCGUUUAUAAUCGUUAUGUAGUAGAACAUUUGGUAUGAACGUCUCGAACAUAUUAUGUUAAGGAAAGAUAUAAUUUCCAACGUAUUUGAAUAUGUCUGUGUGCAUUGUAUCUCUCUUACACUUUCAGCACGAUUAUCACAAAAUAAAAACCAAUAAUAAGCGAGAAAUAAACUCAA